AAGAACUGAAAAAGACAGCUUUCUUUCUAAGAAGUCUUUACAAAGAAGAACUAAAAUGUAAGCUGUUUUUAAUUUAGUUAACUUCACUGAGGCGAUAUUUCUGCAGACAAUGUGACUGAGUAUCGGUUGUUACGGUAAGAAAUUGUUGCUAGUUAACGUGUGAGAUCAAUAUAGCAUGCAGUUUUAUGCAAAUUGGUUAGCGGCAACCAGAUAAACGCAUUAAACCACUACAAAAUUAAGCUGCCUUACAAUUUCGUGCGAAUUUGAAGAUGGUCGAUAGGACAGCCAAGGAAACGGUUUUUUACUUUGAAAACUCAUAAGUUGUUCCCAAAUUCUAAUAUAGAAGCCUUCCUGAAGGGUUAUCGAAGAGGAAAAUUAUUCACAGGGAAAUUAUGAAUAUUUAAAAGAGGUUAAAAUGGCAAUUAAUUUUUAUGUUGGGGGUGUGUGGGAGGCAAACUAGUGGGUGGGCUGCAGGUGGGCGCAUUAGCAACAAAGGUUUGCCUUUAUGUGAACUGUGAAUGGCACACAACUACUGUACCUUUUCAGUUUUACUUUGGAUUUUUGAAAAACUAAUUUAAUUAAAAAAAUUGUUACAGGCUGUGUUUUAUCAAACAGUUGCCUGUUUUGGGAAUUUAUGGGAGAAGAGACUGGGGGUAUUGAGUGGAAGGAGCAAAAUAAUUGCAUGAUAAAAGAAAAAUCUAGAAUAAACUUUAUUAAUGCAUCAAAUUCCCUAGCUGAACAGACAGUAAUUUAUGUUUACAAGUUAUCUUCUUAAUAGCCGGUGAAUGACAUUUGCAGACUGCUGAAUGCAGACUGCAGUCUGCAUUAAUGCUCAUUAAUAAUAUUAUGUUCCAUUUCCAUUACGGGGAGCUAACCGCAAACAGGCUAACCUGAGUGCAGCUAUUCAGGCUAACCUUAGUUCUAUGGAGUGUAUUCAGAGUGCUAUCUCCAGUCUGAAAAUUUUAUACGCUUACUAGCUACCUGAGUUAAAAAUUUUAAAUUUAAAAGUUAAAACUUUGCAUCAUGUUACUGUCUCUGGCCCAGUAAUAUAAUUAAGUAAUGGACUCCUACUGGGGCCUUAUAUUUUUAGCCUAAAGGGGAAGGGUGCCAAGUUUGCCUGUGACUCCUGGAUGUAGAUCUUGACAGGUGGAAUGCAGAUUAUUUACUCGGUUAAAGGAAAUCUUGCCUUAAGAGCAAGCUUUUAAAUAUGCCUAAUGGUUUUCCUUAACUGAUCCUGGUGCCUUAAGUCAAUAUCUCCAUAAGUGGUUCUAAUUCAGGGGGUUUGGUUUCCAGUUUAAAUCACCUGGGCAUCGCUAUGUUACUCUAUGGUAAUUUAUGACGUCUUUGUACUGUCAGAUAUCUCAAUAUGGAUUCUACAAAAGGUGUCCUGUUAGCACUGUACAUUAACAGCCAGAAUAUGAUUUACAAUUGAUUAUAGCACCUUUAUAUUCUAAUUCACACAAUGCUGUAUCUUUAAAACAUCCAAAUAUCACACAAUAACAUUAUAAUGUAAAUAUUUGGAAGAAAACUUUUUUUGCCCAAGAUUCCUUUUAAGAAGUAGAAGUCUUUUUGUUGAGUUAUAGAACUACAGCUUUUGGCAUGCCCUUUCUUUUGGGCUGUUUUCUUAAACAAAUUAAUUCUCAGGGACAGUGAUAUUCCUCUGAAAAGAAAAAUUCACAUUCACAUUUUUGCUCCUUAGGAGCAACUUGAUAUAAAUAAAUCCCCUUUUACUUUAAGAAUAAGUUUUAAAUUCUUAGUCUUUUUGUUAAGAUUUCAAACUCUAGUUUACAUAUUCUAGUUGCGAUUAAAUAUAGUUCUUGUAAGUUGAAAAUUAUUAAUUUAGCUAUUUCGGGAUUAAAUAUAAUAACUUUGCUGCAAGAAUAAAGAGCAGAAUGCAAGCUAAAUCAAGCAUACAAUAUUUUUGCAUUAAUACAGGCUUAGAACUUUGGAGUGCAAGUUUUCACUGACACCAGAUUGAACAAAUAUGCAUGCAUUUGCGGUAAGGAUGUUUUUUUCAAAAUGUCAGUCAACUGUGCAGCUAAUAUCAGAAACCAUUUGAUUCAAGUAUAUAGUAUUUACUGAAAAUCAAACGUCUUGGGCUCUAGUCAGCUAGCUAUGUUUGAGACACCACGUGGAGAAAGUGGAACCAAACACCUCAUUUCCGGUUUUGGGUAAAAAGACCUUGGGAGAUCAAAGGAAAAUACAGGGACAUUGCAUUUCUUCUUUCUGUGUCCACCGAGCAAUCGUUUUCCCUGAAUUAAAAACCCACGAGACUAACCGAUGAAUUAAUUUUGUUGCGGUUGAAAAAUCACAAAAUCAUGUUUAUGUGCGCUUGUAGAAAAUUAUGUAAAGACUUCGUGUAAUUUGCUUUCAUGUAACAGUAGGCCUCACACGAACUUCCAUCAGCACAAUCAUUCUUUUUGCAGUGAUGUUUUCAGUUCAUUUUUUUGUGUGUGUUUUUUCAAGACCGCUAGACCUGAUAUUUGGACGAUUGAUUAGCAAAUUGCCAUUACGUAGGAUUCCUAAGUUUCGAAGUUGAUAUUUGUGCAGCAGUUUGUGACGUAACAAUAGUUAGUCGUAUUUUUAUACAGGAAACAUGAAUUUGACCUGAAAUUGAAAGAUUCAUCGAGAGGAUUUCGUCUUUCUGCGGAAAUCAGCCGCUAACAGGAACUCCGGUUAAGACUUGACAGUUGCCAACCUGUCCAACUGAACCGCAAGUUGCCGAGAAACACAGAGAAUAUGAAAUUUGCACAGUAAAACAAGCUAUAAAUUAUUAAUCAAUUACACAAGUUUUGGACUUUGAGACGACGUGGGAACAUUACAAAGACGGUUGGUCUCACAUGACUUAGAAAAAUUGAGAAACAAUACCCGGGAAUUGCUAGUGGCUGAAGUCGAUGGAAAAUUUUAUCUCUGGCCGAGCCGAAAGCUGUAAGUCGGCCAUCAAAUGUUGUGGCGGCGAGGAUUCAACCUCGGUGGACAGUAAAGAUUCGAUGCUCGAGGCCGGCGAAUAUCUUGAGCGUCUGAGCUUCUGGCAACGACCGAGACAGAAAGUGGAUCUGGAAUUUAUCGAUGUUACUUACAGGGUAAAACAAGGCCGAAAAGAGCAAAAGACAAUAAUUCAUGGAGUAUCUGGAGAGUUUAGAAGUGGUGAGCUGGUUGCUGUGCUGGGGCCAUCAGGUACUGAUAUAGCCAGGGUGAGAAUAGUUNAUAUAGUUAUUGUGUUCGCAUGUUUUCCUGUUCAGGUGUCUGCCAAUUUGCAUCUCAGGGAAUGUCUAUCACAUGAAGACAAGGAAAGAGUGAUCAAUGAAAUCCUGGUAAACCUGGGCCUGACAGAGACUGCCAAUACAAGACUGAGUGAAAUAUCUGGUGGCCAGAGGAAGCGGCUGGCAAUAGCACUUGAGCUGGUGAAUAAUCCACCACUGAUCUUUUUAGAUGAACCUACAAGUGGACUGGACAGCUCAUCAGCAUUCCAGUGCAUCAGUCUUAUGAGGACACUGGCUCAUGGUGGAAGGACUGUGGUUUGUACCAUCCAUCAACCAAGUGCAAAACUCUUUGAAAUGUUUGACAAGCUGUACAUUUUAGCAGAAGGAAAGUGCUUGUUCCAGGGCACUGUACAAGACCUAAUACCGUACCUGGCUGUCGAGGGUCUGGUUUGUCCCAAGUACCACAAUCCUGCAGACUACAUCAUAGAGGUUGCAUCAGGAGAGUAUGGCGAUAAUGUGAUCCCAGGCCUUGUGAAGGCGUGGAAAGCGCGUGAGGAGUCCAUGACUCAGAAGAAAAGCCUUACAAGUAGUACCAGCUGUAGCUAUGACUCUAGGAACAUGGUGGUGUCUAUGCUACCCAACUGUAACGUGAAGACCAGUACUGAUAGCAUCAUACAUGCUGCAAGUCAAACCACGCAGUUCAUGGUCUUGUUGAAAAGAGCGGCACAGUCCAUCUUCAGAGAUCGUGUUUUCACUCACCUUCGGUUCAUCUCCAUAGCGUCAGUUGGUCUGCUCAUAGGACUCUUAUAUCACGGCAUUGGAAACGACGGCAGUAAAGUCUUCAACAACACUGGCUGUUUGUUCUUCUCGCUUCUUUUUCUCAUGUUUACCUCUCUUAUGCCCACUGUCCUCACGUUCCCCAUGGAAAAACUCGUUUUUAUUCGCGAACAUUUGAACAACUGGUACAGUCUCAAAUCCUACUACUUGGCGAAAACAAUGGCUGAUGUUCCAUUCCAGAUCCUGUUUCCAGUGAUUUACUGUACAAUAGUAUAUUUCAUGACGGAUCAACCAAAUGAAGGAUUGCGUUACACUCAGUUUCUGUCCAUCACGAUACUCACGUGUCUCGUGGCGCAAUCCAUUGGGCUUCUUAUAGGAACGGUGGCGCCCAGUCUUCCGACUGCGGUGUACGUCGCCCCAGUGACUGGUAUACCUGUGCUACUAUUCAGCGGUUUCUUCGUGAAUUUUGACACCAUACCAAAGUAUAUGCAGUGGCUUACAUACGUGUCUUACGCGCGAUACAGCUGGGAAGGCACGGUAGUCGCCAUAUAUGGCAAUAAACGAGGACCCUUAGAAUGCAAGGACAAACGCUGUAUAUUCGUCAACAGCGAGGAUGUUUUGGCGUCCAUGGAUGUAGAAGAAAAUGCUCUCUACUUAGAAGGCGCCAAGAUUUACUUUGAUGGCUUUGUACUGUUUCUGUUCUUCAUCAUUCUAAGAUUAGCGGCGUAUCUCGUGCUGCGAUACAAGGUGAAGUCAUAUCAUUGACCUUGGGUCGUGGCUAGUAGAGGAGUGGCAAUGCAGCUUAGAUCCGCCUGUUAAAGCUAUUGACUGUUACAAAGCGAGCUUUUGGCGGAUUGUCGCCAUGGUUCGAUGAUAUGUGAGAGUUUGUAGUUUUUAAACGAGUUUAAUGGGAUAGUUUUAUGUUGGAAUUGAAAUUUUUAGGAAUGAUAUUUUCAAAGAAGGUGCGCGUUUGCAAAUGACGAUUAUUUUCAGACAAUUUUUGGGAUUCGUAACGGGUGCCGUUUUAGGGAUCCUUCAUUCAACAAAUAGAAAAUUGUUACGUGUUUUUAUUAAAUACUGACAUACCCAUAUAUAAAGCCCUCCGCUGUGUGGAGAAAACAAAAAAAAAAUCAUUAUCUCAGUAACCAUAUUUCUGUUUUCACGCCCAAGUACUUCAGUGUACAACGUUUGUGGGAAGAAGGGGGGUGGGUAGAAAAACAACGUUGUUUUUACUGAAGUGCAUUUUCACCAAUCAAUAGCGCUUUAAACAGAACGUAAAGACAGCAAAGAAAGCAGGACUUUCUUUGCUGUCUUUUAGUUCAACUGUACUCGAAACUUCCAUUACGUUAUGCAGUGGUUGCGGUUUGAAAGCAAUGGCUGGACCAUUGACCUGUUUGUGUUGCCUAGAAGCAAAUGAAACGAGCCUUCUCGACAUUUUCAGGCUGUAUUUUCCGUUGCAUCAGCCUGACUACAUAACGUAUGAAAAUUCUCCAUAAUUCGUCCCCUCGCUCUCUAUCUUUCAUAAAGCGCUGAUGUUUCACUCUCUUUUCUUACACCUUCAUCCUCCCUUCUCAAAACUAUGGUAUUUGUCACGGUCUUUAAUGUGACGAUAUCUUGAGUUUGUUUUGAGAUGAUAAUCAACCGCUCUUUACUUCUCAAUAUUGAGUCCAUACUGACCUACACAAUGUUAGUUGUAAAUUUGUCGUGGCGUAAGGGAACUAAUUCAGCUUGGCAUUUCUAAAGUACUACCUCGUGCGGUUCAAUUGCCAAAGACGUUUUGGACGCAAUUUGCUCUCAUGGAGUUGUUACGAUUGGGACCAGAUUCUAGAACGAUACACGUCCUCCUGUUCUAUUGUACAAAAUUUCUUCUAAAUUGUAUCUUCCGUAGCGACCGAUGGUAGGUGGAACUGGUUAAUGGUGCCGGUGACAUGUUAAAAAUGAGAGUAAAUCAGCUGUCAAAUGAAAGUUAAAUAGAUAAAUGGAAAAUAUUUAUAUCUCUAUUCUGAAUGUUAAUUAUAUGUUAGUAGUGUUUUUCAUAUUUUAUUGUGUCGUAUUUACUGUUAUGAAGGUUCAAAGUCAAAAUAAAGAACGGGAGAGAUUUGGGAAAGCAAAAUAAUUUGUCCAAAUAUAUAGUAAAACUUUUUAGUAAUUCACCAAGCCCAUUAAGGUUUGAGGGAACUUGGUGGAAACGUGUGGAUAGUUCUUUAAAUAUUGAGCUAAAAGAAAAAUGUUUGUAAAGUGAAAACCCAAAUUGUUUUCAAUGUACUAUAUUUUCCUACAAAAAACUGUCCAGAUUUAAAUCCUUAAUAUUCCUUGCGUAUUGCACUGUAAACUUUAUUAAUAUGGCAUUAAAACUUGAUUCCUUC